AUGGUCAACACACUACUGCAACAUUAUUUUAGGCGAAAUAUGAAGUUUUCUCAGUAUGGGUCUUUAUAUGUACUGUGCGCUUUUGCCAAGUUAAAGCUACUACCUGAGCAUGAAAAUAAAUUCAAACUCUUGUGUGCAGACAUAGUGAAAAAAAUUAACAAUUUUGAGUUCAAAAAUUUAUGCUUGGUUUGUAACUACUUGUCGUCCUUGUACAACUUUAACAGAUUUUACAUCAGAAAUGUGGUGGAGCAGAUAUGCUCAUAUCUUAUUGGGAAAUGUUCACACGGGGAAGACCCCCAUGAGGGAGACGCAGGUGUAUACCCUGAUUCAGUGUGGUGUCCCGAUUCGAUUCACUACGUGGCGAAUGCAUGUGCCAGGGUUAACCACUUGAACAAAGAACUGUUUCAAUUUUUGAAGAACAAAAUUGAAGAGAAAGCCGCGUACUUUUCCAUAGAUCAGCUGGUUUCCCUAACAAAUGCGUACAGCAAAUUUAAAAGUGCAGAAGAGGCAAACUUUUUGACAUUAUACAUACGCAUAGCAGAAGAAUUAAUAAAUAAAUCGUAUUUGCUCAAACCAAGACAUUUGAGCGUUUUAGCAAACUCGUUUAAUAAUGCAUGUGUGCUACAUGAGGAACUGUUUCACAUCAUAACUCAAAAUAGUUUACUCCUUUUGAGUUCUUUUGAACCAAAACAGAUCGUAAUGAUUAUACAUGCGUACGUAAAUAUAGGCUUAUCAAAUAAUGCACUUCUAGAGUCUAUCUGGAAUACUGCCGCAGUAUUUAUUCAGGACUACACCCUGCAGGAGUUGUCCAUGUUGUUGCAGGCCUAUACAAAAAGUUCGCAACACCGACAGGAUUUCUUCCACCAACUGAGCCGCAAAAUUUACUCGCUCAUUACAACAUCUUAUCCAUUUCUGGAACAAAAUGGAACUGUCAAUUCUAUAACAUACACUGAUCACAAGUACGCAGAAAUGAUCGAAAAGGCCAUGGGGGUUUACAAUUUAACUCCAGAAAGGACCACAUCAGAAAAGCUCUUCCCCAUUUUAUACCUUUUAAUUAAUCACCAAUAUUAUUGCAGUUAUGUGGAUAACCUCUUAACCAAGCAGGGCGCCAAACAGGAUUGUCGUCUCCAUUCGGGGGAGCACAUCCAAAUUGAGAGCCCCUCAAAGGAACCACCAACAAGGAAUGAAUUAAAUUCAAAUAAACAUCUUAACAGCUUUAAUGGACACACGAUGAAUGACGAAAAGAACGAGUCAUACCCUUUUUUGACCAGACCGGUGGGAACGUUGGGGAUGGAAGAACUUCCUCACGCUAAUCAUUGUAGUGACCAUUACAGUGAGACGUCUCAUUUGACUUCAACUUUAUCUGGUAAAACCAAACGACAGAAAAGUGUCGAUCCAAAUGAGGAUCCUAACCCUGAUAAGGGUGACACCCAAGUGAAACAUCUCGAUGAGAAUCGCUCCCCUAGCGGAAACAACCCCCCGUCCGAGGUACCCAAAAUGAACUACUCUAACAGCUCAAAUAACCAUUCCUUGGACACAGACAAAAUGGAACAACUGUUAAUAACACAUAUGAGUAAAGACAUAAAUUCUACCUUGGUAUGCUCAAUAAUUUAUUCAUUAAUUAAAGGGAACUGCUUGCUCCAGUAUGACUUGCUCAUAUGUCUAUCCAAAUUAGCACUCAUCUUUCUAAAGCAGUUUAAAAGUUCAGAGCUAGCCAAUGUGUGUUCUGCUCUGUCAGAGGCUUACGUACGUGCGUCCGAUGAAAAUAAUAGGCAGAAUGAACUCAUAGCGAAAUGGCAAAAUGAGAGGAACUCGGAGGAAAUCGCUGAUGAGGGAGCUGCUCGGUCUCAAACUGCCUCAACAUCCAGCGUGCAGACCCCCAAUGGGAAAAACAAAAUUGAGAAGAACGCACCAACCUACGAUGAACAUCUGUACAAUUCGUCGAAGCAAUAUUUAACCAUGUGCACCCUCUUUUUCGAUAACGUGCAAUCCCAUUUGGGAAAGAAAAAAAGUUCAUUUGCCGAUGUGCACAGUACGUACAAAUUGAUAACUGCCUUCGGAGGACUGCGGAUGAGCAAGUACUCCUCCAUCUCUUUGCAUUUAUUUAGGCUCUCUCUCCUGGAGAUUAAGCAGUUGUCCUAUUUGCCCCUCCAGAAGAUGGCAAACGCGUUCAUGCAAAUGAACGUCUACAAUGAAGACGUCUAUGCAUUUAUAAACAAAAUACAAAAGACGAAAAAGAACAAAUGA